AAGUUCAACUACGCAGCUGAUUAAGAAAAGAAUGAAAAGGAGCAAUGACUGGAUGAUGCUCCUGGCAUCUAAAAUCUUCAUUCUCAGCAUUGAACAAGUUAUGGGACGUGUUCGAAAUACAGGUAUGUCCGUUUUUAUGGUCUUGCUAUGUUGCGUUUGUUUAGAAUUUGGUUCUGCAACAGACACCAUCACAGCUUCUCAGCCCAUUAAAGACCCUGACUAUAUAACCUCUAAUGGGAGUGCUUUCAACCUGGGAUUCUUCAGCCCAGAAAAUUCUACCAAUCGAUAUGUUGGAAUAUGGCAUAAAAGCAUUUCUGUAUUUACAGUUGUAUGGGUAGCUAACAGACAGCAACCUCUUAGGGAUUCUUCUGGGGUUCUUACUAUAUCUGAGGACGGAGUUCUUGUGGUACUAAAUGGACAAAAGGAGGUAAUUUGGUCAGCGAAUGUUACAAACUCUGCUCCGAAUUCAAGUGCCCAGCUUUUGGAUUCAGGGAACCUGGUCUUGCAAGAAAACACUACAGGGACAAUCAUAUGGGAAAGUUUCCAAUAUCCUUCGGAUACAUUCUUGCCAAAGAUGAAGCUUAGUGCUAAUGUAAGAACAGGUAAGAAAGUGCAGAUUACAUCUUGGAAAAGCCCUUCUGAUCCAUCCAUUGGAAUCUUCUCUGUCAGUAUUCAACCUCUUGGUCUUCCUCAAGCAUUCAUUUGGAACGACGGUAGCCCAUAUUGGCGCAGUGGUCCAUGGAACAGUCGGAAUUUCAUUGGAAUACCGGAUAUGAAUUCUGUAUAUCUUUACGGAUUCAGUUUUGUAGACGAACAAGAUGGAAAUUUUUAUUUAACUUUUGAUUUUGCAGACAAGACUAUCCCAUCUAUUAUUGCCUUGAAUUCACAAGGGAAUCUAGUGCAAAAAGAUUGGAAUAAUGGGAGUGAGGAUAUUGGGUGGUCAGCUUUGCAGACUGAGUGUGAUGUUUAUGGCAAGUGUGGGGCGUUUGGAACCUGUAAUCCAAAGAAUUCACCAAUUUGCAGCUGCUUCCAGGGGUUCGAGCCAAAUAAUACAGAAGAAUGGAAUCAAGGAAAUUGGACUAGUGGAUGUGUUAGGAGGACACCGUUGCAGUGUGAGAGAGUGAACACUAGUGGUGUUGAAGAAGGCAAAAAAGACGGCUUUUUGAAAUUGAAUAUGAUGAAAGUGCCAGACAUUGCAGUUUGGUCAAGUGCUUUUGAAAACAACUGCAGGGAGCAAUGCUUGGAGAGUUGUUCUUGUAUAGCAUAUGCAUAUGACACUAGUAUUGGCUGUAUGUCUUGGACAAGUAAACUAAUUGAUACACAGCAAUUCUCUAGUUCUGGAGUCGAUCUUUACAUUCGUGUGGCCUACUCAGAACUUGGUAAAGAAGGAGAUGUGAAAAAAAUUGUCACAAUCACAGUGAUCACAGGAACAAUUUUCCUUUCCAUCUGCUCUUAUUUAUUGUGGAGGUGGAUGGUAAAACAAAAAGCGAGGAAAAAGAAAGCAACGGAGAUCUUAUUAUUCAACAGAGAAGAAGUUAAAGUCCAGGAGCAACCGCUAUUCAAUUUGGAGGAACUGGCUAGUGCAACAAACAACUUCCAUCUAUCUAACAAGCUUGGGGAGGGUGGAUUUGGACCCGUAUACAGGGGGAAAUUGUCGGAUGGACAAGAGAUUGCAGUAAAAAGACUUUCUAAAGCCUCUGGACAAGGGUCACAAGAAUUUAUGAAUGAGGUGGUGGUAAUUUCUGAGCUUCAACAUCGGAAUCUUGUUAGGCUUCUUGGUAGCUGUGUUGAAGGAGAAGAAAAAAUACUGAUCUAUGAAUACAUGCCAAACAAAAGUCUGGAUGCAUUCCUCUUUGAUCCUCACAAGGAAAAACUGUUGGAUUGGAGAAAACGUUUCAACAUUAUUGAAGGAAUUGGUCGAGGUCUACUUUACCUUCAUAGAGAUUCUAGAUUAAGGAUUAUUCAUAGAGAUUUAAAAGCAAGUAACAUCUUGUUGGAUAAAGAGCUAAAUCCAAAAAUAUCAGAUUUUGGAAUGGCCAAGAUUUUUGGAAAUAAUGAAGACCAGGCCAAUACUAAUAGGGUUGUCGGAACAUAUGGCUAUAUGUCUCCUGAAUAUGCAAUGGGAGGGCAAUUUUCAGAAAAAUCGGAUGUUUUUAGCUUUGGGGUAUUAUUACUAGAGAUACUAAGUGGGAGAAGAAACUCUAGCUUUUAUAAUGAUGAGCAGUCCAUGAGCCUUUUAGGAUUUGCAUGGAAAUUGUGGAAUGCAAAGAACAUGAUAGCCUUAAUUGACCCAAUGAUAUAUGAACCAUACUUUGAAAUAGAGAUGUUGAGAUGCAUACAUGUUGGCUUGUUAUGUGUGCAAGAAUUUGCCAAAGAUAGGCCUAUCAUAUCUGUUGUUAUUUCCAUGCUUAAGAGUGAGAUUGUUGAUCUUCCUCGUCCAAAGAUGCCGGCAUUUACUGAAAGGCAGAUUGCCUUAGAUACAGAUUCAUCUCAAAGCUGCCAAAAAAAAAAUUCUGUCAACGAUGUUACUAUUACAAGGCUUCAAGGUCGGUAGCCAGCUUGUGUUCUUGACAAUUGACACUAUUGGUUAUAUAUUUCUGACCUUAUGUCGGGAUCUUUAUACUGUUUACAAUUAUGUAGGUUACAGAAUAGAUAUUAUAAUAUUUUAAAUAAGGAAUGUCUAUUAUCCAAAA